UGUGUAGCGCAAGAAAACAUGAAUAGCUGCGAGUCAAGUGGCCUGUAUGAUAUGGUUUUGACAUUACUAUAGUUUAGAUAAUAGUAAGCAUACAAAGGUAUUCUAACACUUGUUAUAUCCUGUGAUCUGUAGGAGAGUGGAAACAGAAAAAAGAAAAAGCGCAUGCGCGUUUUCAGGAUAAGUGUGUAUGAAUACAGAUUUUGAGUUUUCUGCGAUUGCUUUUUUUAUCAAUAAAAAUCUGUACCUGGAAUACUAUGGACCAAAAGAGACAAGGAUCUGAAUAUAAACGCAGAAUUGUGAUUGGAAUAGAUGGUAGUAAAAAUGCUGAAGAUGCAUUUAAAUGGUACGUGAAGAAGAUGUACCAGAGGGGUGACUAUGUUAUUGUGUUAUAUAUUCCAGAAUUCAAGAAGCUCUCUCACGUCCCCGUGAUGACCGCAGACGCAGCACUGAUGACGAAAAUGGUAUCUGAAGAACAACAGCAAAGUAAAUUGUUGAUAGCUCAAAUGAACGAACUCAUGAAACUUUCAAAUGUUAAAGGCACUAUAAAACAAUUAACGGGUGAACCUGGGGAACAGAUUGUACAAGCGGCAACAAAAGAAGGUGCAGAUUUUAUUAUAACCGGAAGUCGUGGACUUGGAAAGUUGAGACGAACUUUCCUUGGUAGUGUUAGUGACUAUGUAGUGCACCAUGCUACCGUGCCCGUACUGGUGUGUAGAUUAGACGAUUCUGUGCUGUAAAUAUCUUAAUUUUUUAAAUUUGUUAUCAGUCUCCUUUUGCGUGCAUGUAUUUAUUAUGAUUGUAUACAUGUAGUAUAUUUAGUAUGAUUUUAAAAUGUAGUAUUGUGACGAGAUGCCGGUGACGAAAACAUGUUCUUGAUUAUUAUGUUUUGCAACAAUUUUAUGUAUAUUUAUUUCAUAUUUGACUGUCAAUAGAAUUUGAAACUGA